UAAAUGGUAACCGGUGUCCAUGUGGAAGCUGGGAUGCUAUGAUGCAACAGCUAGUAAGGUAAAAUAUAAGUUGUAGCCUUGCAGCUUAUUACAGCAUGUUGGCCUAUUAUAAUAAUAAAUUAAUAAAAUAGGGUCUAACAAAUAAAUGAAUACAUAAAAAAUAGGCCAAUUAUAAUCCUGAUAUUAUUUUAUUUUGUUAUUUUUGUUUUAUUUUUUUCUUGAUUAUUUUCCAUUUUGUUUUUUCUAAUUUAAAUAAUUGAAUAUAUGUUGUGUGUGUGUAUAUAUUACAAGAGGUAAAUAUUGAUAAUUUAAUUAUAUUUUUAAAUGGUCUUCUUCAUACUUUGUGAUAUUAAUGUUAGCCUAUAUUACUGUCUUGUACUAAUAAAAAAUAAGAAUUGAAAAUUACAAUUGUUAUUAAAUGUACGUAAUUAGUAACUGGCUGCGAGUAAAGUUCAGAAUUGACUUUAAGGUUCUCCUGUUUGUGUACAGGGCCCUUAACGGUCUAGCUCCAUCCUACAUCAGACCUUCUAACCCCCUAUUCUACCCCCAGGUCUCUCAGGUCAGCUGACCUGGGGCCCCUGGCUGUCCCACGCUCCAGACAUAAGCUCAGGGGUGAUUGUGCCUUUGCUGUGUCUGCCCCCAAACUGUGGAACAGCAUCCCCCUUCCCAAUCAGAUCUGCCCCCACCAUUGACUCAUUUAAGUCCAGGCUCAAAACUUACAUUUAUUCAUUAGCAUUUGAGUCCCGCUGAUGUGGUUCUCCCUGAUGUGUGCCUGUGUUUGUUGUGUCUCUUUUGUAUAGCACUUUGGUCAACAUGAGAUGUUUUUAAAUGUCCUUUUCUAUUUGAGGCCUGCUUGUACAUGUUAAAUACGUGUUUCACCUCAGUUUAAGCUCAUGGCAUUCAACGCUUUUUAUUCUUGAAAACAUGAUCAACUAUACGCUAAAAUGUAAAUGCAAUAUAAUUAAAUAAGUAAUGAAGCAAAUACAUAAAGUAAUGACAAAUCUAAGCCCGUGUGCUCCCUGUCAGGUGCCAUUAAGGACUGUGACGUCGCUGCUCGGUCCUCAUACCCCAAUUAGCUUGACCAUGUGCUCAAGCUGUUAUCUGCUCUAAUCCUAAUCAUCGUUUGACCCAGUGGCACUCCAGUGCAGCGGGUACAAGCUGCAGGUAGAAGUCUGAUCCCACAAGAAAUGCAUGCUUAUUAUACAGAAAUGUUGCUGUUUUGUCAAUAUGUGUGCAAAAAAGUGAAACCUGUGACUUAAACAUGGUGAUUUUUGACAUUAAAAUGCUGGCAGCCACAGUCUAAUCUAACACUGAAGAGCAACUUUACAUUUUGCUGCCUAUCUUGUUGAAUGUUGUCUCAUAAUGUCUCAUAAUCUUCCUGAAGACAGUGUGGAGCUCCUCCCACACGCCAGGCAGUGUAUAAGGUCAGGGUCAGUUAACCAUGAUAAAGCAGACACUUACAUUUUAUACCUGAAAUCACUUGUUUCACCAGCAGCCACACCACACGGUGAUGUCACAGUAUACUGACACACCCUGGAGUGCACUUCUACAUCACUGCAGCAAGGUACUGUAUGAAGUUAAAACACUGGAAGUCAGGGGCGUCGGUAGCAUAGUGGAUAGUGCCAGCGCCCCAUGUACAGAGGCAUUGCCUCGCUGCAGCGGCUGCGAGUUUGAAUCCAGCUUACGGCCCUUUGCUGCAUGUCAGUCCCCACUCUCUCUCUGUCUCCCCAUUUCACCCUCUGUCCUGUCAAUAAACGUAACAAAGCCUAAUAUAGUUUAAUUUCCUCUUUGAAGCUAUACUCUCUGAUUUAUGGUGCACAAUUUCUAUGCCACUAAAUGUUGACAUUUUAAAAUUGAACACAAUUUUCCAUUGUGUUUCAUAGUCUGAGAUUUCUUGAGGAAAAAUUCUAUAAAUGACUGUUAACAUCUGAAUGGAAAGCCCAAAGUAGGACAUCAAAGACCACAAUAAAAGGCUGGUAUAAAUAUUUAAAUAGUAUUAAAUGCCAGAUAUUUGUUAGAAAGGAAACAAAAUGAUCUGUACAGUCCUGUUCCACCGAGGCUACAACAAAUAUUACUGUUUGCACCUGACCCUCUGUUGUAUGUAGGUGUUCUCAGGAAGAUCAGGUAACACAUAACCUCUGACUCCAGUGUUACUGUGGUAUUAGAAAAGAUGAGUGUGUGAAGUGAGGUCUCACUCUGUCACUGUUUUCAGGUACCAAGAGGAAAAAAUUAAUUUAACAGUGUGAUGAAUCCUGCCAUAUUGGCCAUUAAUAGGCUACUACACACAUUAUCACAUGACAACCACUUUCCUGCAGGAAAACGUUUCUUUUAUACUAAAAGAUACCACAUUAAUGGAUAGGCUAUAUCAACAGAGUUAGUAAUGUUGUUUUCAAAGAGUAGUCUGUAAGGAGAUAUUUUGUGUUAAAACAUCUAUGGCAUAUGAGAAAUUGCAGUAUAAUUUUGGGUAUAUUCAGUCUGUAUUUUAAAAGGAAAAACAAUCAUAGCUUUUUUCAUCUUUCUUUCUCAAUAACUUUAAGAAGAGCAAACGGUAACCAAAAGAUGGCAAAAAUGUUGAAAUAAAAAUUAACAGAGUGUCAAAGCUCCAAAUGAUUAAAAGAAAAGACAAAUGCAGUAAUAAACUCCAGGCUGUACUUUAAACUUUCCUCAGAGUAACUCCUCUUUCCAAACAUAAAAGAUCUUUGGGACGCGCAGACACGCUUCUUCAAGUUUCCCGUUGCCAUGGAAACGGCAGCAUCACAAACUGACUACACUUUGGAUAAUUUACAGCAGGGAAAAACACCCCCUAAAAACAUAAUGUCCGAGUGUGCAGAGCGGACUCUGCUGGAGCUGAACCUGCGGAGGGAGACGUGGUGUCAGGUGGAGAUGAACCCCCGGCAGUCCUGGGAGAGGACCGAGAGGAGACAUUACCGGAGUCACCUGCGGACCAGCCCGGCCCUUCUCACCGCUCUGACCGCCGGACCGCAGCGCAGUGCGGCCUGCAGCGAGCGACCGCUCCCCGGCAAGCUUCCGGAGAGGAGGCACUACGAGGAGAGCUAUGAAUCACACCUGGUGUAGACGGAUACAGCCUGACAAGACCUCACACACACUAAUACAACAAGUAUAAAUGGGACCUUACAUUGACUUCCAGUGUUUUAUUUCUUUUAACACAAUACACCA